AUGUCGGAUCUCCUCCGUCAAUCGUGGUACGCAUCGCUUGAUGAUGCACAGUCGCAUUUCCGCCAACUGCUUUCUUCGUAUUCUUCGCCGGAAUGGAAGCGAAUAGCAAUUCCAAGUGAUACAAGCACGAAGGGCAAAGCUCGUGCAUCUACUGUACCGGAACUCGUGGACGUCAUCCUACAUCGCAAAGCAACUAAGACUGGCGAGAGUGUCUACAGAGCAAUUCUCGAUGUACCCGCGGCCGACACGUCCUUAUCUCUUGAUUGGUGGAAGGCUGUACUGGAUACUCCAGAGCUGAGGAAGGAGUGGGAUCCUGCGGUUGAAAGUACGCAAACAAUUGAGAUGCUUGAUCCCACAACCAGAGUGUCGAAGGUCAACUUCACUCUUGGAUGGCCCGCCAACCCCAGGGAUGCUGUGACCGUCUCACGCACAUUUAACGAUAAUACCACUCUCAUCUACAUCUCGACGUCUCUUCCUCGCUCUCCUGAUGAGCCUGCAUUUCUGCGACCUUCCCCGCCGUACGUGCGCUCCGAGGUAUCUUUAUUCGCAUGGUGUGUCCAGUAUAUUGGGGAGCAAUCGUCGUCACCCAAGCACGGCCCGAGGCUACGUAUUACGUGUUUCUGGCAACAUAACCUCAAGGCACUCUGGACGUUCAAUACAACUGCCAGCUUUGCUCAGCAACUUUGUUCGAUGAUGGUUGGGCUCUACAAGUGUGUGAGCCAGCGAGGUGCGCGCAUACCACAGCUGGCAGGCUACGGAAACGGAGUAUCGAUCGAACGUAUGCGCUUUGAGAUUGACCGGGAAGCGCUCACGCUUGAUUAUUCAAUCGUCCCGGAAGACGAGGAUCAUGCACCACACACGACAGAACAAGGCCUUGACGAGCUGCAUGCAAUUCGUGAAUAUAGACGACUCACACGCUCUAUCGAGUGUGUUCUACCAGUAUCAGUGGGUUGGGAUAUCCAGAUUUCCACCAAGGCAUCCUCGGAGCAAGUCGCGCAGCUCCCGUGGACGACGCAUGUAACGAGAAGUGCGUUUGGGUCGCCAGGAUCGAGUCCGACGUCCAGCGAUGGUGACCAGGUGGUAUUCGGUGUCAAACACUCAUCGCUGCCCAACGACCACUCGGUCCUGAGAGUUCGAGUUAUCAUUGAGCUCUCCGGCCCAAGCGGUAUCCGCCUCAAUGGUAUCCCACACCCAGUAGAGAAAGUGGAGGAGCGUGAUCCUCUCUCACAUUACAUUUCCCAGCAGAUGCUGCAGGACGCUUCCAGCACCGCGGACAUGAGUUUCAAUACUCAGUCUUCUCUGGGCACCAUUGCGGAGAGCGCAUCUCGAUCAUCCACGCUCCUCGAGCGACCAGUACUUACGCGACAGCAGACAGAGCGCACAGCAGCAGCUGAGAAGUCCAUAUUGUCGCGGGUGAAGCGCAAUUACAUCUAUUUCUCGUCUCUUUUGCAGGAACCAGAAGCGAAGUGGAGACGAACCACCGAGGCGCGGGGCGUUUCCAUAGCGCAGCUAGACUCCAUCGACCCAACGCUGGUCGUGUAUCGUGCGGAAGCGACCUUUGUUGGGCUGGGGUUGUGGGACCUGUACGCCGCCAUUGUGACACCUGGCGCACGGGCGUACUGGGAUCGACUGUACGACGACAGUAUAUUGCUUGAACAUGUCAAUGAACUGACGGAGCUAUGGCACUUCAAGACGAAGCCUGCCUGGCCGGUCACUGGACGCGAUGCGGUCGUGUUGAAGACAGUGUACAAGUCACCGUCUACGAUACACGUCUUCGCGUUCUCUGCGGACGACCCAAACUUGUUUGCAAACAUUCCAUCACCGGACCCCAGUGUCAUCCGGACACAAAUCGAUCUGCAGGGAUGGGCGAUUGAGGCGCUUUCCCCGACAACAACACAGCUCACGUUGCUUGAGCAGUCCGAUCCAAAGGGAUGGUCGAACAAGGCGUCAAUACCCCAGCAGAUGGUCACAGCAGUCGCAGGUGUUGGGGAGUUUGCUAUCAAGUGUGGCGGUCCAACCAUCGUCACACGCUUGGAGGGCGCGAAGAUAACUCAGAUGCGGUACGACCACGACCGAGGGAACUUCCGCGUAGAGUACGAGACGUGCUCAAGCCGCCGGUCUUCUCCUGUGCAGGGUAAUGAAGAAACUACGCCAGUGUCUCCCACAUCACCUGGCCUGCCUAUCAUCGAAUGCGAACUGCGAUGCGAUCUGGACAACUGGGCAUCAUCUCUGGAUAUUGUUGUCGAUCCACCGCCACACACAAUCUCGUGUCUCCGCCGGCACCGCUUAUCUUCUGGUGGUGGCGGACUUUGGAUGACCAUCACGCACGAUGCGGUCUUUACGGGAGAAGAGCGUCUGCAGAUCAUCGUGAGGAGGGGGCCAAUGGGAGUUCCGAAGGAGAAGGGGCUCGUGAUGGUCAACGGUGCCAAGGUCGACGUGGAUGUCGAGGAUAUGCCUGAGCGGGAGGUCAAGAACUUACAGAAGCAGAAACGCGUCAAACCCGUACGCGUACCCCUCGACCAGCCGCCUGUCCUAGGCGUCAUCCGGCGGAGGAGGGCAGAGUGGAAUGCUGAUGCAGAUACUGAGACAGGGGACAACGAGACGUCCAAGGCGUCGACUCCGGAGGCCGCGGUUCCGGCUACGCCUACGUUCACAACCUCGUUCAACAGGUGGAUGAAUUUCGCGAUUGAGCAGGCUACUGUAACGACACAGCAGGCUGUCGCGGCGAUCUCGCCUGCCAUGGCCGGUGGUGCUGAUGCUUCUCCGUCAUCGUCGAAGCCGCCGAUGCAAUAUGCGCUCGAGGCGCUUUCAUAUCUGCAGAGCAUCCACCUCCAUCCCAAGUCCGAUGGCUGGACGUUGGUCAGCGAGAAAGACUUCCCUGUCCAUCGCAAGCUCGACGCGGAGAUAUCGCCCAUAAUCCCCGUACACAGGGCCGAGAAGGUCAUCGAGGGCGUCUCCGCGGAGGAGGUCGCGUCGGUCCUGACGAGCAACGACUGCCGCAAGCAGUGGGACACGCGCUUUGACUCUGCGCACGUCUUCGAGGUUUUUGGCGCCGAGGCUCACACCGAGUUCGUGGUCAUGAAAGGCGGCUUCCCCUUCCGCGACAGAGGCUUCUACCUCGCAUCCCUGCUGGCCAGGGAAACUGUGCCGCCGUCGCCGUCUCGCCGGAGCACGGGGGAAUCGGAGCAGACUCAAGAUACACGGGCAGCAAUCUACUGCGUCUCUGCGUCGUUCUCUCCCGACUCUGUCGCAUCAUUCUCGCCCUCGAAGUACAAUGCCUACUCCCUCCCGGUCGGCCGUGUCUUCGUUGAUGGAUGGAUAUUGGAGACACUGGAUCCCUAUGGUGCUGAGAACUAUGCGAUACCAUCGACGAAAUGUACCCGCGUCGUUGCUGUUGACUAUGCCGGCUCGAUUCCUGCUGCUGUCAACUCGAUGAUAAACGGGAUGCUGCCGAAGUCCAUCCUCGCUGUCGAAACUUAUGUGAAGAACCUCUCGCCGCCUCCGUUUACCAGAAUGCCCUCUGCUGGUGUAAUGCUCUCACAAGCUAACGAAGACUCGUUGCAAUUCAAGGCGUGGACUUUGAAGCGUCGGGACGCAAACCGGGUGUUGAUCUCUACACGGUAUAAUCCAGGUGACAGGACGUACAAGAGUUCGAUGCUCCUGAACAGCUCGACUGUAUUAUCACCCCGUCGGUCCGCUGCCAACGACAAGAAUCCAAAAGCGCGCAGGAUGACUAUCAUUUACUCGCAACCAAAAUCCCCUGACGACAGCCAAAGAGAGGGCCGGAGUAGAGAGGCGUCCGUGCCACCGUUACCGUCACCCUCGAAUGCAAGCACGUCACCAGAGUCCGGCCGCUCGCAAUCCCGCGAGGGUACGCGCUCAUCAACGAUGUUCACGCCGAGAGGCGAGGUACGGCAUCCAACGGAUGUCCUCGUGUCGGAGUUGAUCGUGGACUCGAAGCUCUAUCCGGAUGGGUACGACGUCCAUGUCACAUCACACAUCGACAAAUCGAAGACGCGGAUAUCGCUUUCUUCCCCCGUCGGCGAGGCGGCUCCGGAGCACGCGCUUCCCUUCUCGUGCGCCGCGUACACGCUGCCGCCGUCGCCGCUGCACUCUGCGGGCCUGAACACCGACCGCCCGCCGCGGCAUUUGCUAAGACUCACGCUGCCCACGGCGCAGUAUCAGGUCUCCACAAUUCAGGACCCCUUGACAGGUGAAAUACACAGCGCUCCGGCGAAGCCGCAAUGGCUAUUGGAUAUGGAAGAAGGCCGCGUCGUUCUAGGCGUCGAGAUUAAGCCGUCGGCGCCGAGUGGGCGUCCUAGCAAGCGGACUACAAUUAACGUCGAUGGGAAGGCCGUGGUGGUUCUGAGCGAGAAGGAGUCUUUGACGAGUCUCGGGAGGGAUGAAUUAUUGGAUAGCAAGGCGUCCAAAAUGGACUUGCUUUCAGGGUUGUCCAGCGACAGCGAUCACUUUCCGGACGAAUUUCAAGUGCCCACUGCUGUUGCUGAUGAUCUGCUGGACGAUUCGGCGCUCGCGGCGCCCUCCGUGCCUGUGUCCGAGACGACAAACACGGAGAACACUGCCGCGGCGCAGGAGGCCAGCACAGACACGGGCGAUAGUGUUCCGCAAGUAGUUGUCUCUUCCCCCGAGACGCCAGCAGCUGACUCCGCAACGAGCGGGCUUCUGCGCUUCUUGAAUGCCUACCCUAAUCCACUGCUGCGCUUUGCAACUCAGUCGCGGCGAUCAAGCUCGACUUCGACGCCAGUCCUGUCCGCGGAGCCGCUGCCCCGUCCGCCCGUCGAGGAGGGCCAAGCCAAAGACGUCCCCCCUGUCCCCGAGAGCCAGGGCGGACAGCUGAGCUUGGCACGGACGGCGGUCUCGCACAGGGCGUACCCUCUAUCGACAGUCGUUAUCAUUGCGCUUAUCGCGUUCCUGAUGGGAUCGUUUCUGCGCUCGUUGCUGUCUCCUGCAGACUUUAUCUACGUGGUGUCGGACCGCAAGGAUCUCGAGGAGAUGAACGCGGGGUGGAGGGAGGUCAGGCGGCUGUUGGAGGUGAAGUACAUCGUGGGCGGGUGGGAUUUCCAGGUUGCUGUUGUGCGGCGACAUUGA